GCGGGGAGGGCACUGCAGUUGUCUCUUGCAGUCGCCGGGAGAGGAGGUGGUGGAAUAAGAUCACUCCAUAGCCUCUGUCUCCGGCGCUUUUCUCAUCCCAUCUUUUUCCUUCGCUAUGACGACCACCACCACUUACAAGGGGAUGGAUCCCAGUGGCCGGAGCAGCUCCAGGGUUCUUCGCCCUCCAGGUGGUGGUUCCAAUUUUUCCUUGGGAUUUGAAGAGUCAAAGGAGCAACCAAUGAGAAGGAACAAGAUGGCAUCCAGCAUCUUUGGGACUCCAGAAGAGAAUCCACCUUCCUGGGCCAGGCCAACAGCCGCCAAGCCCAGUGACGUCAGUGAAAGUUCUGAAGCACCUGGGUCCCAAAGAAGAAACUCUUCUGAUGCAAUCUGUGGCGACUACAUAGAUCCAAAGGGUGCAGAAGUCGAAGUUCCUGAAAACAUCGAAGCUGAAAUAGAAACUGCUUCAGGCCCAGAUGAAGAGAAGUCCCUGCCGCCUGCGCCUCUUCCUAGCCCAGUAGCCCCUGUGCCAUCUAGGAGAAAUCCACCUGGUGGAAAGUCCAGUCUAGUCCUUGGUUAAACUUGAUAUUCUUUGCUCCUAACUACUUGGAACUCAUGUCUGUCAUCUUUUUCUUUUUCCUUCCAUGCUUGUGAACGGCACAACUUGAACCUGACUGUACAUCUGAAACUUUCAUUAAAAGAAGCACUUUAAGUACUUCAGUUUUUUAAGGUGUUUUGAUUUUUUUCAAACUUUGAUUUUGUCUCCCUUGGGUCUACUGGAAGUGGUAUGUGUGAUUUCACCCUCCCCGCAGUAGUAGACUUAGAACAGUGGAAUUUGCUACACAGCCCAUGGCUGACUGAAAGAUUUUUAAAGUAUAUUGUAGUGUGUAUCAUAAACUAGACUGGUUGAUUCUGAAUGUGUGGUAGGUGGCAUUUUUGUCCUGAAACUUGUAGAAACCUUUUAGUUGGCUUAGAACAGUUGAAAGUCAGGGUUGUACAGAUGUGGUGGUCUACUCCCUGCCCAUCUUGGCCAUACACUGGUUGGCUAUCCACAGUAUCCUUCGAUUAGUGGCAAGUGUCUCCUGUGCUCUUGUGCAUUACAGAACAGAUACAUGGUGCUAAUAACUACCAUGCUGCCUUCAAUGUGUGGAAUCUUGAUUCAGCCUUGAUGAGAUAGGGCCCAUGCCAAAUACAGUGAUGUGAGCCUGCUGUUUUGUUGCCCCAGUAUCAAACCCUUCCAUAUUUUUUUAAAAGAGAAGGUGGAACAGGAUCUUACAAAAGUGAGUAUUGGAUGGGAAAGCCUUAAGGGGCAUUCCCAUCCAAAUGACUCCAGUGCUACGCAUGAUCAUGCAGGUGUUUUGACCAUGAGGUUAAAAUUUCAUCCUUCUAAAUGUAUUGUAAUAUGAUAAAGUUGGGCUGUUGCUUAAAAAUAAAAAAUAUAGAAAUUU